CGGAAAUGGUGUUUCCAAUCUUGCUUUCUCCUUCUCCUUCUCCUUCUCCUUCUCUUUUCGACCGGCGACCUCGCCGGGGUAAAGGAUCGCUUAUUCUUUUGAUAUUCGUGAGAAGAAAAGAGGAAUAGGGUUUAUGUGCAGCGAGCUCCAUACAUGGGGAUGUCCGCCGAUAACUUCCGAGGCUUUGUCCUUGCCCUGUCCUCGAGUUUUUUCAUCGGUACCAGUUUUAUUGUGAAGAAGAAGGGGCUUAAGAAAGCCGGCACUUAUGGAGUAAGAGCAGCUUUGGGAGGAUUCUCAUACUUGCAGGAGCCAUUGUGGUGGGUUGGCAUGAUAACAAUGAUUGUUGGUGAGAUAGCGAAUUUUGCUGCCUAUGCAUUUGCUCCAGCGAUACUUGUGACUCCGUUAGGUGCUCUUAGUAUUAUUGUGAGUGCUAGCUCAUUUUAUUUUGAAUGAAAAAUUGAGGACGCUUGGUGUUCUUGGUUGCAUUCUUUGUGUGAUGGGUUCUAUAAUAAUUGUUUUGCACGCACCAAAAGAACGGGAGAUAGAAUCAGUAAAACAAGUCUGGCACCUGGCCUUUGAACCA